GUAUAAUUGUGUUCGGCUGGUAAGUGUGAGCCGUGACCACGCCCACUCGUAUAGAUUACGUUCCAGAGGAACUUGAAUGGUGUCUGUUCACGUGAGAAACACGUGAACGCGCACUACAGCGAUGGCAGCGUCGGAAUCGGUUAAAGUUUGGUCGCUGAAGGAUAAAGUGGCGCUGAUCACCGGAGCGAGUUCAGGUAUCGGAGCUGGAACUGCUCUUCUCUUCGCCAGACUCGGGGCUCAGCUCGCGCUCAAUGGCCGUGACAUGGACAACCUCAGCAAGGUGGCCAAAGAGUGUGAGGAGUGCGGGGGCAAAACGCCACUCUUGGUACCAGGAGAUUUGACUGAUGAGGACACAGUGAAGAAAACUGUCACAGAGACCAUUGCUCACUUUGGGCACCUGGAUGUUCUUAUUAACAGUGCAGGAAUCCUUGCUAUGGGCGGCAUAGAGACCACCGACUUGGCACAGUAUGAUAAAGUGAUGAAUGUUAAUGUCAGGUCGGUUUAUCACCUUACACAAUUGUGUGUGCCUCACUUGAUUCAAACCAAGGGCUGCAUUGUAAACGUGUCCAGUGUAAAUGGCCAACGAUCAUUUCCUGGUGUGCUCGCAUACUGCAUGUCCAAGUCUGCCAUUGACCAGUUUACAUGCUGUGUUGCUCUUGAGCUUGCACCAAAGCAAGUACGAGUCAAUUCUGUUGGGCCUGGUGUGAUCAUAACAGAGGUCCACAAGCGUGCAGGUCUUGAUGAAGAACAAUAUAAACAGUUCCUUGAAAAGUGUAAAGUCACGCAUGCACUUGGCCGACCAGGUGAGGUGGAGGAAGUUGCUCAGGCAAUUGCUUUUCUGGCCUCAGAUGCUGCUACCUUUAUUACAGGUGUGAAUCUUCCAGUGGAUGGAGGACGCCAUGCCAUGUGCCCAAGAUAAAGCUACAUCACCUUAAAAAUGGCAUUAGCAAAUGUAAAUAAAAGUUUUGAAAGAAUUAAA